UUUAAGACAGUGUUUGACGAGUCCACACACUUUGCGUUUUUAAAGAUUUAAAGUCGAAAUAAAGUUUUAUUUUUUUCCAAACGACUUAUUUAAUAAUUUUCUAUUUUAAUAUAUAUUUUCAUUGCAUUUUAUUUAUAUUUCAUUAUUCACUGAAAUGGACACAAUUAAUGAAACAAACGAUUUAAUAUCUGCUUCGAGUUUGGGUCAAUACAAUGUCGUCGAAGAGAUUUUAUGUAACCAUUUAGAAGAUGUGAAUGUAGUGAACGACUCCGGAUGGACUCCAUUAGUAUAUGCUUCCAAUUUUGGUCACUUUAAUAUUGUCCGACUUCUGUUGAGAUUUAGCGCUGAAGUCAACUUUCAAGACAAUGAGUGUAGAACUGCACUGAUGAUGGCCGCCAGCAAUGGUCAUACAAGAUGUAUUGAUAUCCUCAUCAAUACUGGAAAGGCUGACAAAACCUUAACUGAUAUAACAGGAUAUACGGCACUGAAUUACGCCAUCAAUAAUGGACACGGAAGCAAUAAAUUGAUCAAAAAUCUAUUGUCGACAAGUAUUGGCUAUCAAUUGAGAGGUCGUUCAACAUCACAGUCAAAGAUGGAAGCAAUGCCAUCACAUACCAUGAGUUGGUCUCUUCAAAGUUCAAACAAUUCAGUUGUUUCGUCGUCAUCCGAUGAUUGCAAUCAAAUCUUCAAUGUGUAUGAAACGAAUGCAUUCUCGAAUGGCUUUUGGCGACCGAACAAACAGCACGAACUGAAUCCAAAAGCCAAUAACUUUGUGCCCUCUUAUGUGCCAUCGUUUGAAUUUCUUAGCGAAAAAUUACGGAUUUUGGAAGAGAGAGUCAAUCACUUAGAAAGUCGAUUGAAAAAUGAAAUGUCAAGUCAUUAGUCAUAAAAAUAUUUAUUUAUUUUCAAAUUUUUAUUUUUUUAUUCAAUACAUUGGAAACUUGGGGUCAACUUCCUUAGCCCAGGCCUCGAGCCCUCCAAUGAUAUCUUUAAUUAAUAUGUCAUUUAUUUUAGUUUUUAAUAGUCUG